AUGGCUCAGCCUCCAAGCAAGCGUCGUCGCGUCGACGCAGCCGCUACACUAUCCAAACCAUUCAAGUCGCCAAUGCGCAGGCCUAUCCCAACCACACCCGCAUCACCAGCUACACCUGUCGCGACCAAGACCCUCAAUGACAACCCAGCAGUAGCUUCUACACCACUAAUCUCAAAUAUACCUACACAUAUGGCCCCUACUGGAAGUAAACAACCAACUACUAUCUCAACUCCAACCCGCUUCCGAACCUCAGACCCGGACAUCCUCGCCCUCCAAAAACAACAACGUGCCGUUCAAUCGCGCAUAGCAACACUCCGCACGAACCUCGACACAGCAACUCAAGCCCUUCAACUCGAGUCUUCAACUAAAGAUACCGAGCUUGAAACUCUCAUCGUGAAGUGGCGCCGGAUUAGCCAGGACGCAGCCGAUGAAGCUUUCGUCGGUGCUCAGGAGCGUGUUAACAAAAUGGGAGGUAUGAAGGCUUGGAAGGAACGAUCUAAGCGCGACGCGACACGGUGGGAAGAUGAUGUUGACAAACGGGAGAUUGAGCAUGUUGAUGAAGAGGAGGAGGAAUAUCGCAAUCUUGGGGGGCUGUCCGAGAUGUUGGAGGGUCGGAAGAUUGUUGAGCGUGGGACUGAGGAGAAUGAUGAGGAGUUUUCUGUGGGAUAUAUGCUUAAGACUUUGCAUAUUGAUCCUAAGUUGAUUGGGUAUGAUGCGGUGGCUCAGAAAUGGAUGAAGGGUUGA